CCCACCAGGAAGCAGAUUUCCCGGAUGGAAGGGCGUCUUCGCUGGAGUGAGUUUCAGCGUUUCCAGUUACAGCUCGCACGUUGAUGCCCCCAGCGUUGCGUCCUUCCCACCCGGAGUCCGGGGCGUCGCGAACCUUACAGCCCCCACCUCCGCCAGCCGCGCCCGCGGGGAGCCCCACCCGGUCGCGAGACGCUGUGCUGCUGUUCUGGAUCCGCGUCUGUUUCCGAUCUGAAGUAAAACUCUGUCCUCUCCACUGGGUGACUCAUAGGAAAAUAAGAGGAUACAGUGCCCAGAAACCAGCUGUCACCUCUCCAGACAUUUAAACAACUCUCCAGUUCCUCAGACCCCUCAGCUCACCCAAGAAGGCAAAAGAUUCAAUAUCUUCAUCACAGUACAUGCAUACAGCGGGCAGAGAGCAUAGCUUGGUAAUCCCCUUGGCAUUGCCUAGCUCUGUGAUGCUGAAGACAUUCUCAUUUCUGUGCAUUACAGAAGAGAUUCAGAUUUCCAGAGUUUGUAAGCUUUGGAAGAUGCUAGCUGAGCAUUCUGCACUAUGGAGACAUGUACCUGACACCUUACAGGCUUUGCCUGCUUAGUGCUUGGACUGUCUGAGAGUGAAAACCCAGGGAAAGACACCUGGCAACCGAGUUAUUGACAAUGCAGCCGCUGGAAUCAGUGACAUUUGAAGAUGUAGCUGUAGACUUCACCAAGGAAGAGUGGGCCCUGCUGGACACGUCCCAGCGAAAGCUGUUCAGAGAUGUGAUGCUGGAAAAUAUACGUCAUCUGGUCUCCCUGGGAUAUCAGCAUUGCAAAUCAGAUGUGAUUUUCCAGUUGGAGCAAGGAGAAGAGCUGUGGAGAGAAGGACCUGGAUUUCUCCGAGGCCCGAGCCCAGGCCAGGAAAGUGCCCUUAAAGAACAAGAAAUGAUAGCCACACAACAUAUCGGCAGGAAAGACACAUCUACAAUCAUGCCAGUGCAGAAAUCUCAUACUCCAGAGGAUCCCUUUGAAUAUAAUGAUUUGGAAGAAGAUUUCACUCAUAGCUUCAUGUUGACUCAGCAUUUGUUAACCCACACAGAAAAGACACCUUAUAUCAGUAAACAGUGUCCAAAAUCCCUUAGUGACCAGUCAUACCUUAAUCAAUAUAAGCAAAUUCACACUAGAGGUAAAUCAUGUGAGUGCCAUCUGUGUGGAAAAGCCUUCAGUAAUUGCUCGAGCCUUAGGAGACACGAGAUGACUCACACUGGAGAGAAACCAUAUGAAUGCCAUAUCUGUGGGAAUGCCUUUAUUCAAAGUUCUGACCUUAGAAAACACAAUCUAACUCACACUGGAGAGAAACCAUAUGAAUGUCAUCUAUGUGGGAAAGCCUUCAGUCAGUCCUCCAACCUCAGACAGCACGAGAGAACGCACACUGGAGAGCAACCGUAUGAAUGCCAUCUGUGCGGGAAAGCCUUCAGUAAAUGUUCUGCCCUUCGACGACAUGAGAGAACGCACACUGGAGAAAAACCAUAUGAAUGUCAUCUGUGUGGGAAAUCCUUCAGUCAGUGUUCUGCUCUUAGACGACACGAGGGAACCCACAAUGGAGAGAAAAUUAUGAAUGCCUUCAGUAAAUAUUCGGACCUUAGAUAACAUGAUAUUAUAAAUGUAACGAACGUGGGAGAGACUUCAACCAUAGCUUUAACAUUUAAACACACCAGAGGACUUGCACAUCGAAGAAACUGUCUGUAAUCAAUGUAGAAAUCCUUCAAUCAUUCUUACUUAUUUGACAUACACAAACUUACAAUGGAAGAAAUCCCUACAUGGGACAUCUAUGCAGCAAAACCACAAAGGACAUGAGAGAACUCACUCUGUAAAUACAGGAAUGGAGAGCUCUUCAGCAGCUGCUCUCAACUUCAAACACACUGUGGGGCCCGCACAGGGGAGAACAACUAAGUGUGUAAUCACUGUGAACAGUACACAGCCAGGCACCAGGCGUGGUGUGUACAAGAAAACUCAGUGAAGUCUGAAUAAACACUAACACAAGAUGGAAGAGGAGGAGUGCUCCUGUGGAGUAACAAAUAAUUCAUACUACAGUGAGAAAUCAUGAGAAACCCUCUGUUCAUAGGGAAGCACUUGGGGCACAUGUGAGGAUUCUGACUGUCCACAUCACUCUGUCAGUGAUCACUUAUUUCUCAGCCAACAUUAAGUUCUUACAUGCAGAGAUGGCAUUCAGGAAAUCACAACGGAGAGAACUUCAGGCAGAUUUCAUAUCAGAAAACUAAGUCUAGGGAAAAAACCUCUAAAAUUAGAGCCUUUAAUGUACAAUGUAGCCAAAAAUUCAGGAUUUUGAGAAAAAUAACUAUUCAUGGGGAGAAUGUGGCAUAUAAAUGCAAAAAAGUAAAGUGAUCCAAGCAUACUGAAUACAGAAUUUUUUAAGAAAUAAAACUUUUUCAAUAUAUUACCUGUAAAUAUUUAAACAAUAAACCCUGUUGCUGAAAAAUCUCA